AUGCAUACGACAAGCAAGUUACAUUUUUUUUCAGCAACUUCAGGGAGAAUCUCAAAGCUUCUUGGACGGUAAAGAUGUUUGCAAGGGCUGGUAUGUGUAGCAUUCUCGUAGAUACUUCUGUGUUCUUACUUACUGGCCGUGGUCUAGUUCUGUUGAGAAAAUAGACCUCUUUCUGGAAUCUGGAUAGCUCAAGUGGAAAAAGCUAUCGAUCAAUUUUUUUUGGCGCCACUUGCGUGCUAACUAAUGCAGGUAGAAUGAACCUUCUUGACCAGAAAUUGUGACUUUGUCAGCUUGCACUGAACUCAAUUCGUCCAACAAUAGGUGAGCCCCCAUACGGCCAUACCUAGAAACGCCACUGCCUCACUUCUCCUAUAAACUCCUCGCAGCCGGCGUCACACACCAGCUUCUCACUCCACACUCCAUUCACGACCCAAAGCUUAGCUCCUAGCUAGCUCCGGGUCAGCAGCGUUCGCGCCCAGUAAACAAACAAAACCAAGAGAGCACUCGCGCUAGAGCAAAUAAAGCGUACACGACGAUGCUCGGAUGCUUCUCCCGGCUGCGGCGGCCGCCGGCGGGGUCACCGGCGCCGGAGCCCAUUCCGGGGUCCGACGACGCGUCCACGUCCGCGGCCUCGACGUCGGCGGGCGGCUCCACCUCCCCGUGUUCGUCCUCCUCCUCGGCACGCUGCAAGAACGGCGGCGCCAGCAGCUCGCCACACGGCCAUGGCCGCGACGGCGGCGCGGUGGGCAAGAACCCGUCCGCGCUGUCCGAGUCCGGGCUGUCGUCGGCCAUCGCGUCGCGCCGGUUCUUCCUCUCCUCCCCGGGCCGCUCCAACUCCAUCGUCGACUCGUCGGCGCACGGCGCCGCCCUGGGCCUGAGCGUCGGCGCGGCCGGGGUGGCGGUGCCGACGUACUCGCCGGACCCGCACGCCGACUUCCUCCGGUCGAUGGAGGAGAUGGCCGCGGCGCUCCGGCUGGACGCGCGGCGGCGCGGCGACCGGGCGCGCCUCCACGAGCUUCUGCUCUGCUACCUCGCGCUCAACGACAGGCGCGCGCACAAGUACGUCGUCAGCGCCUUUACCGACCUCCUCCUCCGCCUCACCGCCGCCACAAACCUCGACGACGAGCACCACGAUUGACUCGUGCUAGCAUGCAGCAACUCUCUGCGAUGCAUACGGACGACAGAUUUUUGGGUACCGUAUUCAGAAUUCUAUUGCAAUAUUUGGCAAGUAACUUAGAAGCCACAUGCAGAUCAUGGUGUCUGAACUCUGAAGAUCAUCUAACGACUGUAAAUACGUGGUGGUGUGAAAUUUCGUAGCUGGAAUCUGUCAGUAUGCAUAGCAUUUUGCUCUGACUUUUCUCUGGGUGUGUUGUGACUUGUGAGCAGUGAGCGUGCUGGCUAAGAUAGAAUAUGUCCAGCUUCUACAAACAAAGGUGUUUUGCUUGGUUUGCUUUUGCGUUUGCCUUUGCCUUUUUGGCCAUCUCUGCUCUUUUACUGUUGAGCUCUUUAGCUUUCUGUUCUCUUUGGGGGUACUUGAAGGCUAAGCUUGCUUUUGUGUUUGUUAUAUAGGCCAUGCCAAGCAUGGUUUCAAGGCUAAGUUUGCUUGUGUGUUAUGUA